GGCUCGGUCGUCGGUCGACGGUCGCUCGAAAAAGUUCGCGACAAGUUGGCGGCGAGAAGAUAGGGCCAGGCCGAUUCGCCAAGCAUCAUGUCUCGCCUUGUGGGCCUCUUCAGGCGCCCCAACGCCGUCGCAGAGUCGCCAUCGAUGACAAGAUCCGAGUCUCAGACGAGCGUUGCGCCUACCACGCUUCAUCUCUCUCGUCAAGUGUCGUCGCUAGCCAGUCUGCUGUACGAGAUCGGCUCCAGCUUUGUGUAUGACAACGUACAGCGAAUUUUGGCAGCUCAAGCUCGUCCGGAUGUCGUCCCUUCACGCUCAGUCAUCGUCGUCACAGGCUCGGGCCGCGGCCUACCUCGAGAGCUCGCACUUCGAUUUGCCGCACUCGGUUUCACAGUCUUUGUCCAGGCACAGUCAGCGAGCCAACUGCCCAGUCUCAUACACAGAUGGCAAGAUCUCAAGUCACGCCUCUCGCGCAAGUCUCGAUCUGCUCAAAAGGCGGGCCAGGAGGACGAGAUGACGGGCGAUGAGACUGUACUCGACGAAGAGACGGACGAUCUCGACGACAUUGCCUUUUCGCUCGAUCACCCCCUACCACCUACGACCGCUCACAGAACAUCUGGCAAAGAUUCGCCUCAGCACCAUUCGGGUACUCUGAUCCCGCUCGUCUUCUCCUCGAGAGACCAGGCGGCGAGAAGCAACGCAUAUAAAACCAUUCGCGCUUACUGUCAAGAGAACGACCUCGUCUUUGUCUCCCUCAUCAACUGUGUCGAGGCCCUCGGCCAGCGUUCUCCGGCCAGUGUGCCUCUCGCGACCAAGAUGAGCAGCAAGCACGAUGAAGGCAGCAUGAGCUCAGGCAACGAAUCCAGCGCCAUCAAGCCCCGCAGAGCUUCUGGCAGUCUCAAAGAGAAACCGCAGAGUGAUGCCUUCUAUGGCGAGGUCCCGAUCCCACUGGCGAUCUCGACCGAAGAGCAUCUCAUCGACAUCAUGACAGAGGUCUAUGUCAGUCUCGUCGGUCUCGUGCAAGACUUCUUGCCUCUCCUUCGACAGGAAAGAGCUCGCGUCGUCAAUGUCUGGUGUAACGGCGGUCUCGGUCGAUCGGGCCUCGUCCCGACGGGCAUCCUCGCACCUGCAGAAGCUGCCUUUCGAUCCGCAACGCGCAGUCUCAGCCUGGAACUCCGCCCCUUUGGUGUAUCGGUCUCUGUCGUCUUGCCCGGUGCGACCGAUAUCGCUCCUCGAUCUCGCAUCGAUGUCAAGGGACCCGAAUACAUCAUGCCCACCGUCUCUGUGACCAACGAUCACCGCAGUAUCUUGACCCCUCAAUCUAAUCCUUCCAUCCGUGCAGUCUUUGAUGGACAGGUCAAAGUCUUCCAGGCCGCACUCGAGCUGUCUAGCUACUGGCGAGUAGACGAUGCGCUCGUCUUUCGCAUCGUCCGUCGUGCCGUCGAGUCUCGCUAUCCCAAGUCAAUAUACCCCGUCGGCAUAGACAGUCUCAUCGCUCAUGUGGCAACGCUCGUCGUUCCGACCAAUCUGGCGCAAUUACUCGAAGAGAGGAUGUACUCGAUCGCGCGCUACUACUCACUCGCAUCCCGUUGAACGUCCAUACGGUUUUCUUCACUUGUUGACUUUGUUGAUACAAUGUACAAGCAUGGACAGAACACACACAAUCCUCAUUUGCGCUGUUUCUUCUGUGCCGAAGACUGUCUCGGCCGUUUCAGCCUGUCCUUACGCUUUGGCGUCGGUUUCUUGGGGACAUAGGCUUUCUGGGACGGCCCAGGAACUGCGAUCGAUACUUUCUUGGGC